AUGAUAUCAGAAGAUGACGUGGAAUAUACAGUAAAAGAACCGAGUUUGAAAGAUAUAGAUGAAAUAGUUGAGACACACGAAGAAGGGUCAACAGAUGGCUCAGUCUCCAUUGCCGCUAUUGAAGUACAAAACCAGACAAGGAAAGAGAUCGAAAUUGAGAAAGAAAAUGUCACAAUACCAACGCACGAUCGUCAAAGUUGGACAAUGCGGCUGAUUUCUUCAGAUAGUUUUGACGCUUCAAUGGCAGUGGAGUAUAUGAACUCAAUCCAAGAUAAACCUAGCUUGACAUUUCUUGGAAAACGGCUUUUCGAUUUGCCCGAAAAAGACUUGGAUUUUUACUUGCCUCAGUUGAUGUAUCUCUACGUUACAAAAGUAGACGCGGCUAGUGUGUCCCAUGCUUACAUUGAAAAAAGACACAAAAACGAUGCGCAGUUCACUGUGUUCUGUAUUUGGCUCCUCAACUGUUUCACGAAAAACAUUCCGAACAGAUAUGAAAAUCACGCGCUCAUGCUGAAAAGCUUGUUGAGCAGGUCAAACACAUUGGGAACAUCAAACACAUCGGAAAGUUUAAAUAUCUUAUCUUUGGACCGUUUGGAAGAGACAAACUGGACAGUUGGAUCCAAUUACGGGAGAAACACUGGGAGCAUUUCGACGUAUCAUGCAUCUUCGACUCUUUCAUCUGACGUUGAUUUGUACGAAAAACCUCGUUUUGGCCCAGUCACAUCUCAACUUCUCAACAAUCAGUUGAAUUUUAUCAGCAGACUGGUUUUCAUUGGUGUGAAGCUGACGGAGCAGCAUUUGUUCAGCUCAAAACAGGAGAAAACAAUUGCAUUACACUCUGAAAUGAACAUGCUGAAUUCCAUGCUUCCAAGCUCGGUUUGGAUUCCAUUUGACUUUGAGAACACAAUUUUCAAUCUUUGUGUUAACGAAAGUGCGGUAUUAAACAGUAAGGAGAAGGUGCCAUAUGUGUUUUUCGCUGAAGUCAUUCGAUCCUCACCCCACUAUAACUCUAAUUGUAACAUUAAAACGGCAACCUCUCUGAAUCAAAAACUGAAGCAUUCCGCCAGCAAUAAUAUAUUGAUGAAAAACAAGAGUUAUCACGAUUCAACAGAUCCAUCUAUUGCUGUUUUUGCUGAACCUUGGUCAGAGAAAAAAUCGCGAAUCCGAGAAUCCAGUCGUUACGAAAAUCAUCAAAAAUGGGAUUUGAUUCCAGUUAUUGUAAAAACUGGCGACGAUUUAUCACAAGAAGCAUUUGCUCAACAACUUCUUUUCACAUUUAAGGAAUUAUGGCGCGAGGAAGGCGUUCCACUUUAUCUGAGGCCUUAUAAAAUUGUGUGCAUCGGAUCAGAUGCGGGACUCAUCGAACCGGUUCUUGAUACUCUAUCACUUCAUCAGAUCAAAUGUCAUCUCACCAAUCUUUUCCGUACAAACGGGAACACCGCCACCCCAUCGUUGAAAAACCAUUUUGAAAAUGUAUUUGGACCUGUGAAUAGCGAGACUUAUGUGAAUUUUCUUCUAGUUCAGAUUAUUUUUUUCAGUGCACAAAAGAAUUUCAUUCAAAGUACUGCUGCAUAUAGUUUGGUUAGUUACUAUUUGCAACUGAAAGAUCGUCACAAUGGAAAUAUAUUACUGGACAUGGAAGGCCAUUUGAUUCAUAUCGACUAUGGUUUUCUACUAUCAUCAUCGCCUAGAAACUUGGGAUUUGAGACUGCUCCGUUCAAGUUGACAACAGAAAUUAUUGACGUUAUGGGUGGAAUAGACAGCGACAUGUUCCUCUACUAUAAAAGUUUACUGCUCCGUGGGCUUAUGGCUGCCAGAAAACACCAUCGUCGAAUUGUUUCACUUGCUGAAGUUAUGUCUGCUGGAUCCAAAAUGCAGUGUUUUCGGGCUGGGCGUGAAACAGUUCGUGCACUGGAGGCUCGAUUCCAUGUCAGCAGUACUGAUGAACAACUCCAGCAACUGGUCGACACUCUUGUGGAAGGUUCUCGAGAUAGUUACACAACACGGUUUUACGAUUCAUUCCAAUACUAUACGAAUGGAAUUCAUUGA